GUUUACGCAGACAGUGAGUUUGCGCCGGAAGCGGUGAACUACAAAAGUGCUCAAGAGACAGCUGGCAAGAUCGAAGAGCAGCUCAGAGCCGAGGAGGAGGAUGAUGAGCAGGUGCUGGUGACAGUUGCUGCUGAUGUGGCUAAAGCGCAUCGCUGGCUGGGGCCAUCGGCAGAUUUGCAGGCCGGGCGAUGUUGCAGGAACAUGCUUACCAGCUUCUGUUUGCAGAUGACCUCAAGUGGACUGCUGGGGGUUCAUGCAGGUAUCUCACCAUUCCUGUGGCUGGCUGUGGGCACGCCGUUUUCUUGGCACAAGUUCAGGGGCGGCAUUUCAUUGGACUAUGUGGGGUUCUACUGCGACUACGCUCGGUUUGCAGUGGGGGUCUCUGAGCGGCGGUCGGCGUGGUUUGUGGAAUGGGUUGAUGCUGCAAGGAGAGAUCAAUGGAUAGUCGCCCAGAGGGGGUUUGUGGAAUUUCUUGGGCGGCUGUCGGUUGCCGCGCAGGCGUUGGGCUGGCUUCGACCUUUCUUGGCGCCGCUCUUUGCCUGGUCUGCUGUGCUGUCAGUAGGGAUGACAGCUGCUCUGCCUACACAGGUGAGGCUCACCCUGGUGUUUAUUCAGAGGAUGCUGGUGAGGGGGAACUAUACUGUGUCGUGCUCCUCUCCUGCACGACCUACCGCUCAGGCAGCCAAAUGUGCAACAGGCUCUGUUGUGCUGGGAGGCUGGUCAUUGGGCGAUGGGGCAGAUCCUGGCGCUGCCAAAUGGUUCACCAUGGCGCCUUGGCUUUUCGGGAAGGACAACGAGUCGAAGAUGAACUCUACGGUGGCUGAGCUUCUGGCAGUCUAUGUGGCUUUGCACUGCUUUGGGUUUUUGGACUCUGAAGGAUCGGCGCCACGCGUUUUGUCGGUGUGUGGGGGCACUGACAAUUUGGCCAUCGACUACCUCAGUCGCAGCCGAUCAACGACACGUUUUCCUUUGGCACUGGUGAACAUGCAGCUGUGGUACAGGCUCGGGGACUUUGGCUCCUUCUCCAUCAAACGUCGAGUUCCAGUGACUUGGCAAGACAUUGAUGUGGGACUGCUGGAAGAGAUGCUUGAAGCUCAAAGGGAGCUGGAAGAAGCGCUGGUAGAGGCGAGACAAGCUGGCGCUGGACCGAAACAAAAGAUGUCAAAAAGGGCGAAGCUGGAGUCAAAGACCAAAUGGGAAGGAGGCUCUGCUGCUCGUCCCUGA